CAAACUAGGAAUAAACAAGACAUGGAUAGUUUUUCAGUGGCUCAUCACCAGCAGGACUGUACCUUGAACCAACACUGUGCCACUCUGUACCCGUGUGGCUACCCAAGUUCUGAAGGAUACAGUAGCCUAUCUCCAGCUUCUUCAUCUGACUCCAGUGGACAGUCACCUCCAUACAUGCCAUAUAUUGCUUCUCAAGAAAUAUUUGUGAAUAUUCCUGCAGCUUAUGGCCAGGCAGCUUGCCAAAGAAGAGGAUUAAGACAUGAUGCAGAUAAAAGGGGCAAGAAGAAUACAGGCAAGCUGCCAUAUAGUCAGCGGCAAAGUGCAAGCGAGAGGGAGAAACUCCGAAUGAGAAACCUCUCCAAGGCCCUCCAGAACCUCAGAAGAUACCUGCCUCCUUCAGUGGCCCCUCUAGAUAAGACUCUAACCAAAAUUGAAACCCUUCAGCUGACUAUAAGCUAUAUUUCGCAUCUGUCUGCACAGUUGGGACUUACUGAGGAAAUACUGACACAAAGAAGACUAGCUGAAACCCAAAGAACGAACCUAUGCCCCAGUGGCUUUAGCUGCUGCAUGGACCCAACUCAUAGACUUUGCACAACACCUGAAGAAGAUCACUUCAACCCAGCUGCUACACCCACAAUGCCUUUCUCUGAAGCAAGAUGUUAUCCAGAACCUGGGUACCAUGGUAGAGAAGCAGUUUGCCAGCAGUCCUGUGAGACACCCUUGCAAUUAAAGCAGGAAAUAACCUCCCCACAGUAUGCAGACCCCAGCACAAUGGCUAAGCCUGUGAGACAGCAGUGCAUCACCGGACUCCAACACACGAUUCACUGUGAAGAUUACUACAACUUGGCAGAUAUAUGGAGAAGGGACCAGCUUCAGGCUCAGAUGGACCAAACAUUUUAAUAACUGAGCAAACAUUGAUUAGUAUGUUCUCUAUUGCCCCCUGCCGUAUUAUUCUCAGGGAUGGAAAGGGGAGGAGUCUCCCAGGUGGGAUCUGGGCAGAUGUAUGCAUGUACAUAUACUAGUAAAUAACUAUAUAUGAAUUCAUAUUUAUUUUUUAAAUAUAUAUUUUCCUGUCUCCCUAGUACUGCAUAUUGUAGGUUACCAUUUGUAAAUAUUGUAUUAUAUUUCUAUAUUUAUUUAUUAAAGAUAUGUAUGUUUUGGUAAA